AUCAGAGUCCAGAAUUCGUUCUCAUUAACAAGGAACCAGAGCCUGAUCCUGAAGAUCCGUCGAAGCUCAUAUAUACUGAAGAUCCAGUCAUCCUACACACGCCAACUGGACGAAAUAAUCAAUUAUGUUGACGAUGAAGAAUAUGGCGUGCGCUUAUUUUGGCAACCACCUCUGAAUGAUGGGGACGAUGUGGACCCAGAAAAGGUUCAGUUCCUACCCCUGGGAUUUGAUGAAUUCUAUGGAAGAGAUGUGAGCAUGAAGAAGGAAAACAUAUUGAUGCGCCUUGUAACUGCAGUGGAAAAUGCAUGCAAGCCAAUGUUUGACAAACUCGAGAAAUGGACCGAGGAGAAGAAGAAAGCUGGUGAGAUGAAGAUGGAGCUAUUGGAAAAGGAGAUUGAAUUAGUGGAAGCUGAACUAUGUCUGAAAGAGGCCAUCGAAGAUAUGGAUGAGGAGCUGAAGAGAAUGCAGAAAGAGGAGGAGAAGAAAGUGGAAAAGGGCUUGCAGGAUGAAGAAGAUAUUAUAUUUCCUGAACCAGAUAACCAGUUUGAAAAAACUGAAGCUGAUGAGGAGGAAGAUGAGGGAGGAGGAAGAGGAGGAUAA